AUGUGUCUAUGGGAGAAAUCUUUGGUUGGUCAGUUUGUGGAUGCCAAACUCCGAAAGCCGAGUCACAGGAUUAGGUGCUGGAGAAUGGUCCGUGGCACUUGGGUGGCAAACCCAUCUUAUUACAAUCGUGGUCUCCAGCGUGUCCCCCUGGAGUUAUGGACAGAUAGGGGUUUAGCAGUGUUGGCUAGUGCUGUGGAUAAACCGAUCUCUUUUGAAGUUGCAACAAGAGAGCAGCGAUGGUUAUCGUAUGUGAGGAUUUGUGUUCAGGUGGAUGAUGAUUUGUUAUUUCCCUCUACAGUCACUGUCAGAAUGCAGGGUCAGGAGUUUAUUAUUCCAGUAGUGUAUGAGUGGAAACCCCGUAGGUGUACUUUCUGUGGUUCCUUUGGGCAUCCAGGGGCAGUGUGUGAGAAACAAGGUGUGGCAAAGAGCUAA